CAAAACAACACAACUCUAGAUUUAACAUCUAAGAGAGAGGUAGCCAACCGAUUACUACUAGUAGUAGUUAUGGCAAAACACUUUAGUUUGCUCUUGGUUCUUGCCUUUGUUCUUGUUGUGACGGCUGAAGAUUGUACCGUCGACCUAAAAGGGCUAAUCCGAGAGUGCAAACCAUAUGUGAUGUUUCCCGCGAGCCCAAAGAUAACUCCGUCGAGUGCAUGUUGUAGUGCGGUUCAGAAGGUCAAUGCACCGUGCAUGUGCUCCAAGGUCACCAAGGAGAUCGAGAAGGUAGUAUGCAUGGAUAAGGUUGUGUAUGUCGCUGAUUACUGCAAGAAUCCACUCAAACCUGGCUCCGAUUGUGGCAGUUACCAUGUCCCAUCUCAAGGACGAUAGAUGGAUGUUUCGUAUCUGGUAAUCAAAGGAGAAAUGUUUAUUUAGUUCCUAGGCCUCUAUGUUGACUGGAUUCCUCUUUUAUGAUAUGUGAUAGGUUAAGUUUAUGUUGAGUAAUUCCUAGGGAAUGUGGCCGGUUGUGGGGUGGAAGAUCCAUCAAUGUAUGAGUAUUAAUAAAUAUUUCUCCUCAAAUUACAUGCUUCCUCUAUUUUGUUUU